UGAAACGUUGAUAUCUAUAUAGCUUUAUUGAUAUUCAUGUGGUCCUCCGAAGAAGAGGUUAUCAUACCGAUUUUUGUCCAGUGAGCAGUACAUUCGUGUAUCGAAUCAUUGGGUUAAGACGACAUAAUGAAGCUGUGUUACUGCCUAUUCAUCACCAUUGGAUUAGCGCAUUGCAUCUUGGGAAGAUUUAUCGACCCGAAUCCGAUCGAUAUUCUGAACGAUUAUUAUUACGAUGACAGCCCUCUGACCGUUUGCUACGAGGAGAUCGGGUGUUUCUCAUCCACCUAUCCGUUUUACGAUCCGCCUUAUCGACCGGUUAGCUGGUUACCCGAGAGUAGGGCCGAGGUCGGGACUCACUUCUAUCUCAAUACGAGACAGAACCCGCAAUCACCUACAGAACUUAUAACCAGUGAUACUUCGACAAUUAGAAAUUCCUUCUUCAACCCAUCGCUUGACACUAAAAUUAUCGUGCACGGUUUUACCCAAAAUGCGGACGUGCAGUGGAUGUACGACAUGCAAGAAGCGUUCCUGAACUACGGAGAGUUUAACGUUAUACGAGUAGACUGGCGGCAGGGGGCCGUCGAUCUCUACGGCAAGGCCGUCGCCAACACCCGAAUCGUCGGGGCAGAGAUCUCACUUAUUAUUGACAGGAUCAAGGAAGUAUUUGGAAUGACGUCAUCCCAAUCUUUUCACAUCAUUGGCCACAGCUUAGGAGGUCACGUGGCCGGAUACGCCGGGGAGAGACAGGCCGAUUUAGGUCGAAUAACAGGAAUGGAUCCGGCUGGACCGUACUAUGAGGAAACGGAUAGCAUUGUUCGAUUAGAUCCCACUGAUGCUCUGUUUGUAGAUGUCAUCCAUACUGAUACCAGCCCCAUAUACAACCUUGGCAUGGGAAUUUAUGUACCGUGUGGUCACGUGGAUAUCUACGCCAAUGGCGGCCAGGAACAACCCGGAUGUGACCAAGGGAUCGUGGAGCACAUCAUUACCGAGGGCAGUCUCGUUAUUGGCGGUGUCUCGUUCGUUGUGUGCAAUCACCUUCGCAGUUACGAACUUUUUACGGAAUCCAUCAACACUCAGUGCCCGUUCACCGCAAUGAGAUGUGACGGUUACACGUACGAAGAUUACCUAGCUGGCAAAUGCUUCGACCAAUCACAGACCAUAGCUUUGGGUUACCAUGCCGACAGGAACGCCAUCUCCAGCGCAGAGGAGAACGCCAUAUUCUAUAUGCGGACGACGGAUGAGACACCUUUUUGCGGAGAGUCUUACUGGUUGAAACUCUACCUGGUAAACAAAUUUAUCCACGACGAUGUGAAAGGGCAGCUCUUUGUUACCUUAUUUGGAACACUCGGUCAAACAACUCAACUUCCACUCAAUCUGGAAUCUAUCAUCUUCCAACAUGACAAGAACUACAAGUUUGCCUUCCUGGCCGAAGACAACAUCGGAGACCUGACUGGUCUGUACUUCGAGUGGGAAUACGACCGCGACUGGUACAGGCCGUGGGAGUGGGAUUUCUUCAUCAAACCACAGAUCUACAUCGACUUCAUUGAGGUCGAAUAUGCCGAGGAUGAUUUCAGAUACUUGUUGUGCAGUGGAUCUGGGUACGAUCGUGACGGCAUAGAGGCAGAUGGUGAACAGGCUGCGUUCUUGGUCUCAUCUCAGUGCUCUUAGCUUUAUUUACCGAUAGAUUCUGGGCUUUUCCAUACACUGUAAAAACUUUGGUGUUGAAUCAACACCUGAGUUUUUGCAGUGUAGACAGCGGACUUACUUCAGUUUGAUUCUGGCAACAAUCAAUGAUUCAAUUUAUAAUAACAAAUUAUUUUUUUCGGGUAGACAAAGUGUCGCAAUAAAAAAGGAAACAUAUUUCUAAUACGCUCAGAAACAAAACACCCUGGUUGUAGAAUGGCCCCUUCAUUCCAGUUGACCUUUUCAUAGUCUUCACAAAGUUUAUAAAACAAUGUUGAAUGCUGCGUGUGAAGUCCGAAUUGGGUUCCAUGACAUUUGCUCCG